AUGGCUUCCAAUAACGACCUUCCCCGCAUCCGAGCAUGUCUCUUUGACAUGGACGGGUUGUUGAUUGACUCGGAGGACUUGUACACCGUGAUUACGAAUGAAAUCCUCGAGAAGUACGGAAGACCUCUCCUUCCCUGGUCAAUUAAGGCGCAGAUGCAGGGUCGGCCCGCACCGGAGGCUGGCAAGAUCUUCCAUGACUUUGCCCAGCUCCCCAUCAGCGAUGAGCAGCUGAAUGAGGAGAGAUCGGCUCUGCAAAGGCACUACUUCCCACAGUCUCAGGCGCUCCCUGGUGUGCCGACUCUAUUGUCCAAUCUGGCUUCGACCCGGUCCACCGAUGAACCUGUAUACAUCGCGCUGGCGACUUCCUCGCACAGAACCAACUACAAAUUAAAGACUGAUCAUCUGACAGAGCUAUUCUCUGUGUUCCCUGAGAGCAAUAAGGUUCUCGGCGAUGAUCCACGUAUUGGUAAGGGACGAGGCAAGCCUCUCCCCGAUAUCUACUUGCUUGCGCUGGAGACCAUCAACGAAGACCUGCGCAGCAAGGGAAAGACUGAGAUUAAGCCCGAAGAGUGCCUUGUGUUUGAGGAUGCUGUGCCAGGUGUCGAGGCUGGUCGUCGUGCCGGCAUGCAGGUCGUCUGGUGCCCGCACCCUGGUCUUCUCGAGGCGUUCAAGGGCCGCGAAGACGAAGUGCUUGCUGGAGCCACUGGCUCGCACAAGGAGGAGGAGAAGUCCGAUGCCGAGAAGGAGGCAGAAGAGCUUCAGGCCUGGCGUGUGCAGGGCGCUGGCAAGCCCGGCAAGAUAGGUGAUGGCUUUGGCCAGAUCUAUUCUACUUUGGAGGAUUUCCCGUAUGCGAAGUAUGGCAUUCGGAUUCCCUGA